CAAAAAUCUGAAACUACAAAGCAGGUAAUUUAACAAACACUUUCCUUUUUAGCUGAUUUUAACUUUUCUUCUAAAGAUUGCUCUGAGCCAAACAGCCAGUGUGAUAUUCUUAGGGCUGUUAUCCAAGGACUUCAUCAGAAGUGACAGAAACCUGCCAAUAAAAGAGGAACCCCUGUCCCACAAUGUCACCUCUCCAGCUGCCACUGCUACUCCUCUGCCUGACCUUGUGUGGUGUUUGCCUCAAUGGUGGACAGCCCCUUCCAGAGGGAAGUGAGGACAUGGGAAGAAGUCCCCUGGAUGACAUCCUGCAGACAUCUGAAAACCUCCUUCUUCAGUCUGUCCUCAAGAAAGCUGAAAAGGAAGAAGAGAUUAAUAAAGAAUCAAAUCUGCCAGAAUGGUUUUCCAAAAGACAACACCCUGAAAAAAAGUACCUAAGUGACCUGGAGAAGAGACAGCAUCCUGGAAAAAAAGAUGUUGAGGAAGACAAAUCUUAUGGAGACAUUCAGAAGAGGCAGCAUCCAGGAAAAAGAGAGAUCGAGGAUGACCUUAGCAGCUAUCUGGAGCUGAGAAAGCGACAGCAUCCUGGCAGAAGGUCACAGCCAGAUCAGAACACUGACAUCCCUAGUGCACAGCUAACCUACUUGAACGAGUUAUCCAAACGGCAGCAUCCAGGCAGAAGGUCCCUGACCUACAAGCGCCAGCGUCCCCGCCAGAGAGGCUGGAAUCCUGAGGUAGGCCUAAGUGACCCAUACAGCGAGAAACGUCAGCACCCUGGAAAAAGGCACUGGAACUCUGACAGCCCAGAUGAUGCAGGGCCCUGCAACUUUCAGGACUCCUCCACCUGUAGCCAAGGCAGCUUGCUGCUUGAUUUUGUAGCAAAUGUUAGUAAAGACAGGGUAGAAGAAAAACAUCAGCACCCAGGAAAGAGAUUAGGAUGGGAGAGUGAAACAGAGGAAUGAGAGAAUAGUUGUGUAUUGUUUGCAUUUGGUGAAGUAAACUGCCAGAUCACUAAAACAUUCUGUUCACUCCCUUUAGGCUUCCUGCUACUUAUCUCUGCACCUAUUUUUCAGUGCAUUAAUGUUCCCAUUUCAGUUAAUGGCUUUGUCACACGCUUAAAGUAAAGGAACUAAAGGAUCCAGUAGAAUGGGACAGGCAAGUACUGAGAGUCUUCAACUCCCUCACUUUAGAAAGUUAAGAGUGCUCAUUUCCCUAUGGGCCAAGACCCCACCAUAGUCCCACUGUGUGUGUCCUAUUUUCUGCUCCCAAAUGACAAAAACAGGGUCUUAAAUAUCUGUUCUGAUGCUACUGAAGGGGAAUAAUUAAAUGGUUUCCUCUCACGUCAGUGAAACCAGGAAAUUAAUAGAGAAAGAAGAAAAGAACAUAUGCCAAUUAUUUAAAAAUUAAAUUGAAGAGGUUUUCAAUUCCAAAUUAUACAUUACUGAGACCUGAACCCUUGUACACUAUGAUCUGUCCAAAAACUAAGCACUAAACAGAGAUAGGAACUUUUCCAACUGGAACAGAAUAGAUGACUGACUCCAUAGUUUGACUGGGACCUGGCAUACAGAACCCCUUCUCAUCUAAGAGGCUGCACAGUGCGACUGGUUAAUGCACCCCAGAGCAUCUCCACUGCAAUUGUGAACCUGACUGCCUACCCCCGUGCUAGGACCCCCACCUUUGGUGUGUCCACAUUUCAGUCCUGUCUCUUGAAAUCAUGCCUUCUCCUCAGACAUUUAAAUAUAAACCAAGCAGACAUCCUUUUCUUCCAAUAAGGAUUUCUGAUUUCUCUCCUCUCAAAGGAAUGCUUUUACUCUCCAUGGCCAGACUCCCAA